AUGAUGAGAAACUUUUAUACAUCUGUUAUUAUAUCACCAGUUGCAAAGCUUCGAAAUUAUAGGAUUACAAUUUUAGAACAAAAACCCCAAAUAACGACGAAACCGAUGUCAAGACCAAGAGGUUCGAAUCAUGUACCACCGGGAAGCAGACAAAGGUUUGGUGGACCUGGUGGUGGGAAGACGAGGCAUGCAGCUCGAGUUCGAGAAGCUCUCAGCGAUUAUGGCCUCGUUCAUAUAUGUAUGCCUGAUUUAAUUCGUGCUGCCAUUCUUAAGUACAAAGAUAAGAUUCCUGAAUGGAAAGAAGCUGCAGAAAGGUAUCAGAAAGGUCAGCUUAUUCCCAACAAUCUUGCCCUUGAAUUAGUAAAAAGGGAAAUGGUCGAAAAUAGCGAUGCGAAGGCAUUUUUCUUAGAAGGUUUUCCAAGAGAAGCACGCCAAGUAGAAGAUUUUGAACGAGAGGUGAAACCUGUGAAUAUGGCUCUAAUUCUUGAUUACGAUGAAGCAACGCUGAGAAAGCAUAUGGAGAACCGUGGUUUAGGAGUUGAGAUGAUUGAUGCUCGUAUAAGAGAGUUCAAGCAAAAAACAUUACCUAGCGCGAAAUAUUUUGAUGAUCAAAAAUUGCUCCAUCUCAUUCCUGGUGAAGAGGAUGAUCAAUGGAUUUUCGAACGGAUGAAAAUGCUUGUGCAAAGGGCAAUGGAUUCUGGAUUCUCAAUGGUAAAUUCGAGGAGUGCCACUCCUAAAAAUCAGGUUAAUUUAAGCAAAAAUUCAUUUUAG